AUGGCUUCCCUCGCCGCAGCUCCAGUCAUGGCAUCCGUGCCAGGUGUGUCCGGCCUUGGUCUUCCACAGGUUGGUCACCGACGGACCGUCGAUGAUGCUCUCGGCUGCCCCACUGGAUUCCCCGAGUUUCUCCAUCACCCCCUUGCCUGGACUGGAGACAGGCUUACCCAGGAGAAUGGAUUGAUCCAUCACCUCAGCCAUGACGACAUGGAAGAGAUCAGGCGGGCGCUCACGAGCUUCAAAGAGCAGGAGCUGGAUGGUGACCUUGUCACCAGAGAAAACUUCCCUCUUCCCAACCUCGCCGCCAGACUGGACGCAUUGAGCGAGAUUCUCCACGAUGGCAUAGGCGUUGCCGUCAUUCGUGGACUGGACCCGAAAGAGUUCUCCGUGGAAGACCUCACAAUUGUGCGUCUUGGCCUCCAGAGCUACAUUGCCGAUCAGCAAGGCCGACAGGACCACAAGGGCAACAUGCUUGUCCACAUCAUUGCUGAUAACUCUUCCGAGAUCAAGCUCGGACAUCACCGUCACUCCACCGGAGCAAUUUCUUUCCACAACGAGGAGGCUGGCGACAUCGUGAGCUGGCUCACACGCAGCACCGCAGCAUCUGGGGGCAGAUGUAUCAUCGCGUCUGCAUAUGAGAUCUACAACGUGCUUGCGACACAUCGCCCAGAUAUCCUCCGCACACUCGCAAAGUCUGAUUGGCCAUUGGCGCUACCCCGAUUUCAAUGCCGCCCACUUAUCUUUCACGAGGACUCUCGCCUGAUCAUGAACUUCGGGCGCACACCCCUCAUGGGUAAUGCCACGCAUCCUCGACCAGAGUAUUUACCCAAGCUCAACGAGCGCCAGCGGGAGGCUCUGGACGCUGUUGAAGCGAUCGCAAAGGCUGUGCAACUCGAGAUCCAAACCGGAGCAGGCGAUUUACAUUUCAUCAACAACCUCGCCAUCCUCCACAGACGCGAGGGCUUUGUCGACGGCGCCUCCCUCGAUGAAAAGCGACACCUAGUUCGUAUGAGGCUUCGCAGUACUCGCCUUGGAUGGAAGAUCCCUACUGAGCUUGAGCGAGAAUGGCGCGAAGCAUUCAACCAGGAAGCUUGCAAGACCUGGCAUCUCGAGCCUAUGCCCGGCGAGGCCUUCCCGCUUCGCAAGUAUACCAACUGA